AAGCUUUGGCGGGAUAUCCCCUGAACCGGACUGCAAUCUGCGGCUUGCGUGUUGGGUCCUGGCGAACCGUUCCCACUUGGCCACUUCUCUUCCCGCGCCCUAAUUUAGACGCGAACCCAAUCCCUUGGUUCUCGAUCACUUGUAUCCAAUCCGACAGCCUCAUCCGAUUCUCUCCCGCGAAGGAGGAGACGGAGGCUGAAGGAGUUCGAACGGUCUCAAAGGUAAGGCCUCGCCGUCUCUCUUUAACCGAUUGUACCCAAGGAAGCGAUUAGUCGGCCUCAGACAAUGCUUCACACUUCAAACUUCCUUUAUCAACUCCAUUGCCGUUUUGGGUCAUCAACAUUGCAUCCACAUUACUCAUGUAUGUCUUACAACACCGCUACUGGAUCUUGGAGCUCUAAACAGCUUCAAUCUCGUUUAGGUAAUUUAAGAUCUCGUCGUUCAGAAUUCAGAGUUACGUGCUGGCAAGUGCUAGACUCCACAAAGACAUGCCGUGUUCAAGAAGUGGAUAAGGAUGGUGAUUCUGAUGAAUCAAAUUUGUUUCCACACGUCCAAACUCUUAGGAACUUUCCAAUUGAAAAGAUCUAUGGAGAGGUUGUCAUAGUACGUUUUGACUCCACUCUUUUGCUGGAAGCACUGGACUCUAAUAAUUUCUCAUUAGAUAAAUCUCUUUUUACCAUCAAAUAUUUAUUUAAUGCUGGGGCAAAAGUACUUCUAGUCAGUAACUGGGGUCGACCAGGCGAUCCCAUGCUUCUCUCCGUAGAGUCCCUUGCAGACCGUUUGUCAUCACUUCUCCAAGUAAAAGUUGUGCCGGCGAAUGAUGUUUCUGGUUUGAUGCAGUCCAAGAUGAAUAAGUGGGAGAAUGUAGAUAUUCUUCUUCUUGACAACCUGACGAAGUUCAGAGAAGAAGUUGCCAAUUGUUCCAAGUUUUCUGAGAAAUUAUCUUCAGGCGCCACCAUAUUUGUUAAUGAUGCUUUCUCCUUAUCACAUAAGAUUCUUGCAUCGACUGUUGGUGUCACUCGCUUUUGCCAUGCAUCUGUUGCUGGCUUCAAUUUUGAGGAGGAACUACUCCAAUUAAAAAAGAUCAGCAAAACCACUAGACAACCAUACCUUGCAAUUAUCGGAGGGAGUAAUUUCUUGGAAAAAGCAAAUGCUUUGCAUCUUCUUGCCUAUAAAUGUGAUGGACUGUAUUUUUUUGGGAAACUUGCAUUUCAAAUAAUGAAUGCUUUGGGCCUCUCUGUCCCUGGAUGUUUUGUGGAACAGGAUGCUGUUGGAGAAGCAUUGAAACUAAUCCAGCAUGCACAUCGUAGGAAAAUCUCAAUUUAUUUUCCAAAUGAUUUUUGGUGUUUUAAUAAUAGCAAACAGGACCUGCGGGAGAUAUUUCCUUCUGGUGGUAUCUUGACUGGUUGGACACCUAUAGAUCUAGGGCCAGUAUCAUUGAAGGAACUCUCUUCUUUGCUUUCAAUAUGCAAGAAGAUUCUAUUGAUUGGCUCCAUCAAAUUUGAUUCAGUAAAAGAAGACACAGUGGGAGCAUCUGAAUUGGCUCUGAUGCUUCAAAAAAUAAGUAUGACCGACUGUGAUGUGACGGUUGUUGGGAAUGCAGCCUGCAAUGCAGUUGCAGGAACAUCAUGUUCUAUAACUCAAUAUAGAAUGUUUAAAAAUGCAUCAGUUGUUUGGGAAUUUCUCAAAGGAAGAAUACUACCAGGUGUCGCAGCAUUAGAUAUAGCUUAUCCCCAUGACCUUGAUUGGAAUAUUGCUUUUCCAGAUCCAUCUAAACCUUUGAUAGUUGAUAUUGGAAGUGGAAAUGGUUUAUUUCUUUUAAAGAUGGCUAGAAGAUGGCAAAAUUAUAAUUUUCUUGGGCUUGAGAUUAACAAAAAGCUUGUUAGGCGUUGUCUAAAUAAUGUGCUUCAGUCUAACAUAAAGAAUGGAUAUUUUAUAUCAACAAAUGCAACUUCUACAUUUCGGUCUAUAGUUUCAAGCUAUCCUGGAUAUCUGAUACUUGUUACAAUACAGUGCCCCAAUCCUGAUUUCAACAGAGAAGAACAUAGAUGGCGGAUGGUGCAAAGAAUGCUUAUCGAAGCAAUCGUUGAUCUGCUCAUAACGAAUGGAAAGGUCUUCUUACAGUCUGACAUUGAGGCUGUCGCCAGAAGAAUGAAAGAACAAUUCAUCAUGUACGGGAAGGGUAGACUUGUGGUGGAUGGGGAUAAGAACAUGGGAUGGCGAGAGGAAAAUCCCUUUGGUAUUCGGUCAGAUUGGGAACAGCAUGUCAUAGAUCGAGGUGCUCCCAUGUUUAGAAUUAUGCUUAGAAAAGUUCGAUGACCACAAGAACAACCAAUUUAUAUUUGGUCAUCUGUAAGUGCUUUUGUAGAGUGAGCUAAUAUAUGUAGCUCAGCAUUUCUAGCCGUUCAUGUAUUUUAUCCUUGUGUUGUAAAUAGGCAGGCAGAUUUUUUUUGUUUCUUUUUUAUUUCAGUUGAGUCCUUAAAUUUUUAUAGC